ACGCACCAUCCAUCACUAACCAAAACAGAAAACAGAAAAUGGCGUCAGCUGAGUCCCAGCCGCGGUUUGGCCAGUCUGUCAAAGGGCUCUUAUCCGAUAAAGUGGGCUCCUGUAGCGGGGACGUGAUCGCGCUGACCCGCCAAGUGCUGAAGGGAUCUCGCAGUCAGGAGCUUCUUGGUCAAGCAGCAAGAAAUAUGGUGAUUCAGGAGGAUGCCAUCCUGCACUCUGAGGAUAGUCUGAGAAAAAUGUCCAUUAUCACCACACAUCUGCAAUACCAGCAGGAGGCCAUCCAGAAGAACGUGGAGCACUCCAAAAACCUGCAGGACCAGCUGAGACACCUGCUGAAGUGACGGAGCAGCAUUAGGACGCGGGAGGGACUAACGUCGGAUGAGACGCCAUGUUUCUGCUUCCUAACACACAGUAGUGCAUCUGGGAACGUCAUGCACUAGUGUAUCAAACGCAAACACAGUUCCUGUGCUUAAAGGUGUUCUAAACGGGAUUCAGAGCACUAACAUAGAGGCAAACUACUAUUAUCUAUGUAGAGACAUAGAGCAGUAAUGUGUAUGAGCAGAGAGUGUUGUCAACAGAGCUUCCUCUGUGCCCACACGCCCCGUUAAUGGCCGCCCCUCUGGGCUGCUCUGAUAACGCCGUCCCCGAAGUGUAGCGCUACAUCAGGAUUUAUUUGGCAGAGGCCUUUUCAUAAUCCAUUUAUUGCAUUAACUCUUCUUCGGCAAAGUCAAAAAACAAACCUUCUUUUUGAAGAAGAUGGAUCAAAUCCUGCUGGUUCCAUUCGGCUUUAUGUGCAUACAAACAUGUGAAUGGAAGCCAGGCUUAUCAUAGAUGUGCUCUGGAUUUCUCAUUUAGCCCCUUUAGAGUUACCCUGCAAAACAAGCACCUCUGACCAUGUUGUUCUUGAGUCAUUUUAAAUGUUUUGACCAGUUGUAUUACAUUAAUAUAUUCAAUAUAUUCUCUGUAAGAUCACAGAGCACACAGGUGCCCUGCUGUGCCUCAGUGUCUCGAGUUGUGUAGUAGUAGUGUGGUUCGCUGUAAAUACAUGUACAGAAUUAAACAAGAUGAAAUGUCACCACUCUCGGUUCAGCUCAAGUGAUUUAUUGGGGAAGGUUUAGUCAGGGACACGUGUGUUCAAGGAUGGAGCGGACGCUGGCAGUGAGCAGUGUGGGGGGGCAUCUCAAGACAAGCACUUGUUAACCCACAUGCUGUCUAUACGUUGUGCUUAGCAAAUAUACCUACUUAUAAACACAUGGAUUGCUCCUCUAACUUUUACAAUCUUCAUUCUGUGAACGCUGACACUACAGGCCAGAAACAUUCGGGCUAUUCUUCUUGCUUAAUGUCUUCUGUGAGACUAGUGGACAGAAGGAGGUCCAACAUGCACAUUCAGAUAUUUACUACCCUUUGACUUGUCAUGUCAUGCACAAUGUAUUGAACCUGAUCUCGAUAAACUACGUGAAAUAACCACAACAAAUAAGUUUCGACACAAAGACGUGUAAGCAGUGCGCCACCCAAACGUGUGCCAGUCAGCAGAAAAUGCGAAGUGCUGGAAGGUCUACAGUAAAAGAAUAUUGUCUCCACACAGACGAGCCUUUCUUUGGCUGCAUCCUCCGCUCCGAGCCGCGAUAAGGAGCAAAGAGACGACGUUAUCAGCAGCCCGAGGCCAGACAGCUGCUCCAUCCCGACAGUGUCCCUGAGGACACGCCGCCGAGUCUUGGACCUCUUGGCGCUGCACGUGUUCCACACCACAUGUGUGUCGAGUGCGGUGAUGAGGAUGAGCCGGUGUUUAUUGUUUAUUCAGCUGACGCCUUGGCGGAUGCUAAUCUCCCCGGGGUCAACGGAAAGGAGACGACAUAAUAUAGAGUACAUGACGUCAGACACACACUUAAGACAGGCUUGGAUGUGUAGUUUCAGGACCGAGCGUAUACAUUAUGUAUC